GGGAGCUUAGCCUAAGAUAUGAUAUUUUGAAGGAGUUCAUGCUUUUAGGGCCGUUUUACAUCCAAUUAUGCAGACAACACUCUGGUAUGAUAAUUACCAAGGUGCUGUGUAUCCUCUGGAUCUACAUGCCGCCCCGGCAAUCGGUCGUUUUAACAGGAAACCAACGCCUUCUCUGCUUGAAAUAUGCUCCAAGUUUAUUGUUAGAGACUCAAAUUUGACUUUGUACACAGUUCAUUGUGUUCCCAAAGACCUGCGUGUGUGUUUAAUGAAAGAGGCAUUGAAGGAGAACAGAGAUAGAUCCAUAGAGGUGUUGAUAUCCAGCUGGCACAUGGAAUCUUUGGUACUAAGGGACCUAACUCCAAAUAUUUUUACUUCGCUUCAACCUCUACAUGACACUUACUACCUGUCAGAUAUUGUAAGACAAGGACUACGAUAUACAACAUGCCUGGCUCACACAUUUCUGGAAUGUGUCAAAAAGAAAAUGCCCACAGAGUUACGUUUUCUUGACAUGUCUGGAUAUCCUACUGCUGAAGUCAUUCUAUACUACCUGGCCACACACUGCAUGCUGGCACACAAUGAGGCUCGUCAGACAGCAAUGGUGAAUAUGUACAACACAGCCAUCAAGUACCUCCCAACUAACAGGACCUCCAUGCAUGCAGAUAAUUCUCUUCCAGAGUCUGUUUUGGUGAUCAAACUUGAUGCCUUUGUUACCUCUGAUCAGACCCAUGCUGAAUUAUGUAAAGCUCUAAAAGUGUCUGGCUUUCCAGAAAGUAAACUGAGAUUAUGUAUCGAGAAAUUAGAUGCUACUUGUCUCGGAGAACCAAAAAUUACAAUACUGCUGAAACAAAUAGAUAAAAGGGCUUUGAAAGGUAUCAGACUCAAGUACAACUCACUGACUUGUGAUGAAUUUGUGAAAAUGGAACCAGAAUUAAGAACUUUUCAAAAUCUUACAGCAUUGGACCUCUCAUGUAACACAAUCCACCUUUAUCAAAAUGACACAGUAUGUGAAAGAAUGUCGGAAACCUUGGCAUCACUUCCACAGCUGACUAGAAUAGAUCUAAGUAAUAACCGAAUCAAGAACAGACUUCGACAUAUACUUCAAAAUAUGAACCAAUCACUAAGGUACUUAAGGUUAAGUGGGUGUGGCUUAACAAAUUUAGACUUGACCUAUUUGGCCCAUUCCCAUCAUGCCUCAGGACUUCAGGAACUGGAUAUCAGCGAGAACACGUUAUCAGCCUGUGCCCGGAGUUUAGGACAACUUUUUUCUUCUGCCGGUUCUAAUCUGUGUGUAUUUGAAGCAGAGGACACAAAACUUAAUGAUGAAAUUUGGGUGACACUUGCACAUCAUUUAUUGAAUCUGAAGAAAUUGUUGUACAUGAAUAUUGCUGAAAAUAAUUUCGGUGCUAUGACUUUGAAAAAUUUCAUUCAUGUGUUUGCUUCUCUGCCAGAAGUGACAACUGUGCGUAUCCCGUACUGUAGAGAGUGUUAUCAUUUGGAUGAAGCGACCACAGAUGACCAAAUCAGCAUGAGAAAAAUGCAGUUUAUUGUUGACCUUCAUGGUGCAGCUGACCAGGUCAGAGGUCAACAGAAGGACAGAUUAAAAAUAGUUGCAAAUGACCUUUCAAGAAUCGAUAUGGAACAUAUAUGAAAAUGAUUCCCAUCAUGCUCAUUGAAAGACGUUGUGAUUUGAAUUAAAUUAUUUAUUCAAUGUGAAGCCUGAAGGUACAAAGAUUCUCAUUAUGGUUUAUAUGUUUAAUAUGUAUAGAUA